AUGAGAAAAGAGCUGAGCAAAAUCAAUACGGAAUUUGCUGCUUUUAAGUUCAUCACCACACGAGGCACUAACACUAUUAAUGUUCAGCGUUAUGACAAAUCUGAGACAACAUCAUACUUUUUCCAUGAAGUAGAAGGGAAGGAAGGAGAAAAACAGGAAAUCAUAAAACUGUUACAUGCAAGUUCGAACCAUGCUGAGAGUGAGACAGUGAUUGUUCCUAUCUAUGGCCUUGGAGGUAUGGGCAAGAGUACUUUGGCACAACUAGUUUACAACGAUGACCAAUUCAAGAAGCUGUAUCAUUUUCAUAUAUGGGUUCAUGUCUCCCAGGAUUUCAAUUUAUUGAAAAUAGGAAACUCUAUAAUUUCUCAACUACAAGUAGAAGGAGCUCAGCAAAAUAGGGAUCUCCAGAAUAGGGACCUGCAGGUGAUAAUGCAGUGCCUUGAUAAACUACUCUGUACCAAGAAAGUUCCGAUCGUUCUAGAUGACUUAUGGGAGGAAGAUGACACUGAGUUGAGGAAACUGAAAAGUAUGCUUCUUUUUGGAAAAAAAGAUGUUAAAGUGCUUCCAUCAUUGAGGUUGAGUUAUCAAAGGAUGCCACAGCAGCUGAAGAAAUUUAUGCUUUUACUUGUUUUUACCUAUAGUACGAGGGGCAUUUUGUCUCAUGAACUACCCUGGAAAUCACAGUUUACUGACCGGGAACUGGCAGCAACAAAAAUGAUGGAAGAUGAAUUAGUGAUUGACACUAGAUGCAGAUGA